AUGCAGUUUCCCAUGGGCCCUGCCUGCAUCUUCUUGAGAAAAGGCAUUGCUGAGAAGCAACGGGAGAGACCACUGGGACAAGACGAGAUUGAUGAGCUCCGGGAAGCAUUUCUUGAAUUUGAUAAGGACCGAGAUGGGUUCAUCUCUUACAAGGAUUUGGGCAAUCUCAUGAGAACGAUGGGUUACAUGCCUACAGAGAUGGAGUUGACUGAGUUGGGCCAGCAAAUCCGAAUGAACCUUGGUGGACGUGUAGACUUUGAAGACUUUGUGGAACUGAUGACCCCCAAAUUGCUUGCAGAAACAGCAGGGAUGAUUGGUGUCCAGGAGAUGCGAGAUGCCUUCAAGGAGUUUGAUGCCAAUGGAGAUGGGGAGAUCACACUGGCAGAGCUGCAGCAGACUAUGCAGAGGCUGCUGGGGGAGAAGCUCACACCCCGGGAGAUUGCUGAGGUGGUACAGGAGGCUGAUAUCAAUGGAGAUGGCACUGUUGACUUUGAAGAGUUUGUGAAGAUGAUGUCUCGUUGAAGAGGCAAUAGAAGCUACCUUGUCAACAUGGCUGAACACUUGUAGAGCACUGGAUGCAUAGAAUACCUUAAAGGAUGGAGAGUGGAGGAGGUCUUGCCACCGUAUGGACUGGCAUGCAAUUGCAAACAGUUGCUUUGCUUCCUGGGAGCAGAGGCAUACAUAGAAGCAAGUUUAGAAGGAAGACUCUAUGCACAUAAAUCUGAUUUAUAC